AUGUCUUCCUCACCUGGCUCUGACCAAGGAGCUGCCCCUCGCCCUCGACAACAACCUGGAUCGGCUUGUGAAGAAUGCCGGCGACGAAAAUUACGUUGUGACCGUCAACAACCACGAUGUGGAGUCUGUGCAGAGACCGGAGUGGAAUGCCAUAUUACUCCGCUCCGGCCACCUCGAGGACCCAAAAGAGGUCAAUUUAAGGCACUUCAAAACCGUGUUGCCGCUCUAGAAAGUCGCCUGACUGAACAGGCAAUUAAUUCAAUAUCAUCCGAGCCUCUGAAAGCAUCAGAGGAAAAUCAAGAGAGGGCUUCACCUGACCUGGAUGGCAAUGCAGAUCCACAAACACACCAUCCUCCUACGCAGACUAAUCUUGAUACUGCUGGCUCGCGUAUACCGGAAUGGAUGCGAGCUGAACUGGAUCAAACAUACUUCGAUAGAAUACAUCCCAUUGCCCCAAUGCUUCAUCAGCGAAGAUAUUUCUCUUGGGCCAGGGUCCCAGGGCAAUCCAUGUCACGAACAUGUCUACAAUAUACUAUGUGGAUUUUGGCGGCUUCGUGCUCUAGGCAAUUUCAGAGCAUUUGCGACAUGCUAUACAAUGAGACUCGGCAGAUGCUCGAGGUACUUGAUACCAGAGAUAGUGAAAUUGAUGGCCUGGAGAUCGAGCAGGUCCAGGCAUGGAUCCUGCUUGUAUUCUACGAGGUUACCAGAAGCCAUUCACGCCGUGGUUGGAUUAGUGCAGGUCGUGCUUUUCGAUUAGUUCAAUUGAUGCGGUUGUUCGAAAUUGAUGGAACUGGGGGGCUAUUGUCACCAUCAAAUACAGAGGACUGGGUCGCGCUUGAGGAAAAGAGGAGGACAUUUUGGAUGGCAUAUCUCUUGGAUCGUUUCAUUAGUGUACAGAACGGACUACCGCUGACACUGAAUGAGCAAGUAAUUCUCACUCGAUUGCCUGCCGGCGAUACCGAGUUCCAAAGUGUACAGCAUGUACAAAUGGGAUUCCUCUCUGAGGAAAUCACCGCAACCACCCCUACUGUUAUGUCACCCUUCGCUGAAUGCAUCAUACUUGCCACUAUUUGUGGGCGAGCAUUGCUGCACAAACACUGCGCUUCCGUUGAGCGUGUCUACGGCCAUACAUCCCAGGAUUUCUGGGAUCGACAUCACUGGAUUAAUAACAUUCUCACACAGAGGAUCACAAUGUUGACCAUGAAAUAUCCCCCGGCGUCUCAACACAUCGACCCGAUGUUAAUUUUUACUGAGAUGGUCGCCAACACAGCAAUUCUUUUCCUUUAUAAAAUCAUUGAGCUGAUGCCUUGCCAAACUCCCAGUAGCUCGGCUAAUGUGAUUGAGUAUAAACAACGAGCGGUAAAGGCGGCUGGUGAGAUUGUCACCAUUACACGAGCACUGUCUCUAUUUACUCAAGCCAAGAUCCACCCUUUCACUCCGAUCUGUCUCUAUAUUUGCGCCGAGUUCUUUACACUGCAUCGAGAAGAUGACACAAAUUCUUUCCUUGAUUUACAGCUCCAUGAAGUCAUGGAGGCCUUGCGAAAUUUACAAUCCGUUAAUAACCUAGCACGGAACUUCCUAUUGAUUUUGGAUUCAGAGUCUAGUCAAUGUCUGUCGAACAGCAAACCCAUAACCUUGGGUUGUGAGACUAUGAAUGGCACUCAACUAUCCUUCGAUCCCUCGACAUUUGAAGUCACGUCCCAAGCGGGACUUGUCUCUCUGGACCUUCAAAACUCAAUAGACGAUAGACAGAUAGACUUUCAUUGGCGGAUGGAAAGUGCGGGAUAUAGUAAUGUAUAG